CAUUGGAAAAGACAGGCUGUGGUCUAGCUUGGGUUAGUUAUAAAACAUCUUUGGUUUAAGUGCCAGCCAAAAGAUACCAUUAUUAAUUUCUCUCUAUAGGCGCUAAAGCGGCUAGAUUGUCCACUUCCGGAAACACCAGGAAAGCGUGAAAACAUCGGCAACCUGUGCAAACAACGCAAGGUGUAGCUAUUUAUGGGCGUUACAGUUAAUCAGCGAGAUGAUUUGGAGUGUACAGUAGCUGUUUACAUUUCCCUUAUCCUCGCUCUUUGGUCACGUUUGUGUAUGUUGUACUAACUCGCUGUAUUAUUGAAGCUUGUUUGCUGCAUCACCAUCCCUGCCUGGGUUGGUGACAGGAAGCCCUGGAGAAGGAGUGGCCUGAGGUCAACCCCUAAAGCACCAGAGCCUGGUCAUGAUGGACCAUAAGAGAGCACUAACCAUUUCACUGGCUGUUGACAAGGUGGAUAACUCUCAAAAGGGAAGUCCACUAAAAAUUCCCAAGACCCUUCUUUCUUCAGAGUUGAGAUGUGGGAAUGAAGAGUCACAGAUUCACUGGACCCAGAUUGCUGGAAACAGAAUCAAACUCCAAAAUUCUUGUCAGCAGAAUGGAUCCAUCUCUUUUGAUCACGGCCAGGCGGCUUUAGCCCAAGCGGCAAUGGACUGCACGCAGCUCCAGUUGGUCCUCACGGACGUUCUGAAGACGGAACAGGGGCAGGACUACCUGGACAGGAAGCGGCUUGGCAAGAUGACAGGAAUUGGAGAGUGGAAGAGAGAGUCACGGAUGGGGAGUGGGCAAAGGAGAGUGUCUCAGAGCAGGAGAAAGGGGAGGGAGGAUUGUAGAGAUUUCACAGUACACCGAAAGAGACCCCACGACCACCCCACACCCACCUCGACCCGCAAGGAGAGGAGGUCACACCACAGAGGGGGGUCAGAGGAAGACGAGGAGGUGAAGGAACUUAUAAUAGGAGAGGAAAACAGCAAGGACCAGAGAUGCAACAGUGGUGUGUCAGGGAGGCGCAGUUCACGGGAACCCCUGGAGGAGGUGACCUUUACUGAGGGGGACAGGCACCAGGAAAAGUCUUACCCACAAUCCACCAGGACUAGGAAGGCAGAUUCAGGUUCAAGCGAAUCCGCACAUGCUGAGAGGGAGAGUCAGAGAAGGGAGUCUGGGCUCUACUGUAAUGGACAGGUGAAGGAUGGAGUGGCAGAGGGCUUGACCACAGACGCCUCCAGGAGCUCCAGGGGGAGCGUGCUGCGCCUCUCCAGGGAGCCCAGAGACGAGGGAGGACUGACCCCCAAACAGCUGUGUCUGGAGGGGACGGGGGGCAGAGACACCAAUGUAGCAUCCAUAGAAGUAGAGGUGGACCCCUCAGACUUUGACGGGACCAUGAUGGUAGUCACUGUGGGGGAAGACGGGGAAGUUGCUAGCCCCUCUAACCCCAGCUGUGGAGGGGUUAAGGAGAGGAGAGGAACCCUGAGGCUGAGCCUGUCCUCCAGCCAGGAUAGGACGCCCAAACCCAGCCCUGUUGAACCAAUCCUUCUCUCCAGUGAUGAGGAGGUAGUCACCCCGUCCCACAGUUCAGUCCUUUGGCCACAGACUAGUGAGUGUGAGUCCCAGAGAAACCAUGCUCAGGGAGACAACGUGGUGGCAGAGAUGGACUUUCAGGUGGUGCCUGUGGUGGUGACAGGGUUUGGGGCCGAUUUCCCCAGCACUGAGGACUCCGAGGGUCUGGGCCUACCGUUCUCUGCCCUGCACUGUGGGGGGAUCCGAGGGGAGGCCAGCGGAAACCUCAUGAUCACAAACCAAAGAAUCAUCAUACCAAUCAAAGGCCAGGUAGAGGUGAUGGUGACUGUGGAGCGCUGUCAGCUGUGGCGGUACAGCGUCUGGGACAGGGAGGAGCUACAGGAGAGAGGGCUGGGGUGGGAGGUCAAGGAAGAGAUGGGGCAGCCUCCCCCCGCCCUCCUCCUCCUCUACGUGUCAGACGCCCAGGCAGUCGCCGUCCAAGAAGACCUGAGUGAGCUGUCAAUCAAACAGGCCUUAGAACCACCCACUGGCCAGGCCAGUCCCUUCCUCCUGCUGACUCUGCGUGCCCCUCUGGAGGGGGUGGAGGGUGCUUUACUUCGCUCCAUCCUCGACAUCAUCUGUCUCAACAAUGCCCCGCACUUCGAUGCCGCACGUCUCCGUGGCAACGCUCCCAUCAACUGGGCGGUGGACCUCCACAGUCCCCUCCUGUCAUUGGACGACAGUCUGGCGCUGAUCGGUAGAACUGGACUGGACCACCAGCUGCUCUCCCUACUGGGACAGAAGAGUGCCGAGCCUGUCAUAGAACCCGACCAGGACAGAGACACACCUGGGCCGAAUCUGGACACUGUGGAGGGAGAGUCACAGACACCACUGGAGACAGAGACAGAGGUACAGGCAGAGCUACAGACAGAGGAGGAGGAGGAGCAGAGGGAGGCAGAGAGCGUGCCCCUCACUGAGGAGAGUCCAGUCCAGCCCAGACCCGUGUACACAGUGUGUCACAGCAGAACCAGAGGCUCCUACUCCGUGUCCCUGGGCCCGAAGCCAGGCUCCAACUGGACCCGAUACAAGCACCAGGGCCCCACACACAGGUUGAUCCAGUUUCCUCCACCGCCUUCCAAAGGAGGGAUCGCCGUGACAACAGAAGAUCUGGAGUGCCUUGACAACGGCCAGUUCCUGAAUGAUGUCAUCAUCGACUUCUACCUCAAGUAUCUGCUUCUGGAGAGGGUUCCACAGGAUGUGGCUGAACGCUCUCACGUCUUCAGUAGCUUCUUCUACAAGCAGCUCACACGCCGAGACAACGCCAGUGAGGACAUUGCCAGCGUCUCAGCGCAGCAGAGGCGGCAUCAGCGGGUGAAGACGUGGACACGACAUGUGGACAUCUUCAAGAAAGACUUCCUGUUUGUGCCUGUCAAUCAGGAAGCCCACUGGUACCUGGUGGUGAUCUGCUUCCCUGGCCUGGAGGAGCCCCAGUGUGAGGAGGGGAGCAGCCCAGCCUCGCUGAGGGGAACAGGGGGAGAGAAGCCAGGCGAGGCCCAGGCUGAAGAGGAGGCCUCUGGGUCCAAAAAGCUAAAUGGCAUCAGUGAAGUCACCCCUGAAUCGACUAGCACUGACAACCAGGACAAACUGACAGUUACAGUUGUGUCAAAUAGCGUGGUACAGGGUGAAUCAGUACUCCAGCCACCUCCUGGUCCCCUGGACUGCACUGAGAAGACCUGUCACAGAGAGACCAUCUGUAAAAGACCCUGUAUUCUCCUCAUGGACUCCCUCAAGUUCUCCCUCCAUGAGCGCGUCUUCAAACUCUUACGGGAGUACCUGCAGUCGGAGUGGGAGGUGCGUCGGGGCUCUGUGCGCGAGUUCAGUUCUGAGCAGAUGAGAGGCUCCCACUGUAAGGUCCCCCUACAGGACAACAGCAGCGACUGCGGCCUCUACCUGCUGCAGUAUGUCGAGAGCUUCCUGCAGGACCCUGUGGUGCACUUUGACCUCCCCCUGUGCCUAGAACGCUGGUUCUCACGGCAACAGGUGAGGAGGAAACGAGACGAGAUCAGGGACCUGGUGCUGCACCUUUACAGACACCAGAGGGGCACGGUGGGGAGUAUAGGAAACAUGGGAAAUGUAGUCAGUUAGGGCAUGGUGGGUAGUAUUAUGGCCGGGAUGAUACCAGUAUCCCAAUAUUUUUUCCAUGGCAAAAAUGAAAACACGAAGCAGACAACUCUUUGGUCCUUU